AUGGCGUCAACCUAUGGAGUAGUGGUAGAUCCUACAGCGUUCUGUACCUUCUGGGAGGGGGCAACGCUAUCCUGCUUCAACUAUUCACGGGGCGGCGAUUGGGGCGGUGAUGGUGACCGUGAUAGAGGUGGUGGCGAUGGGGGAGGCAGAGAUGAUAUCGAUGAGACGAUGAGUUGCAAGAGGCAAGUGGGUGUCAUGCAGUUGUUGUUCGACAAAUCUUAUGAUACUCGGUAA